CAAAUACCGAAGGCCAUUCUCUGGUGGAGAGGAGUAUAAGCUUAUAUUAUUAUACCCCAUUCGCAUGAGAAGAAAAUAGUGGGGAGUUCUCAGAACGUCGCCCAUUAUUGCCCGAUCGACGUAAACUUGAACCAAACGAAUUUUUUGUACUUGUUGUUAAAAGAGCCAUCGGUUUCAGUGCACAGUGCGCUCGGCGCUCCUCUCCCAGACGCCGUCGGCUUUACAAAUGUCACCUCAAUUCCUCAAAUUAUCCAGUUUUUUCUGAACCAAGUGAAUUUCCCGAAUUCAAGUGAACACUAUUGUUUUUUGAGGCAAAAAAAUUAAACGAGAAAUAGUCGCUGAAUUGAGAAAAUAGGAGAUACCCGGGUUGCACCGGGUUGACUCUAACAACCACUCCAUAACCUUAAAUCUUGAGUUGAACCGCCUUGUGCUUCCUUACUCAUGUAAAACGUAUUUGGUUGAUUGAAUCGAAAUGGUACCUCUCGGUCUAUCACCAGGUCACCAGACCUCUGUCAAUAAUACAUCGUCCACACCUACAAGCGGCUCAAAAGCAAGUUCCACCUUGAAACCGAAUUACACUCUGAAAUAUACACUUGCUGGACACACGAAGGCUGUUUCAUCUGUUAAAUUCAGUCCGAAUGGUGAAUGGCUGGCUAGCUCAUCUGCUGAUAAACUCAUAAAGAUAUGGGGUUCUUAUGAUGGUAAAUUUGAGAAAACAAUAGCUGGACAUAAAUUGGGUAUAUCAGACGUAGCGUGGUCCAGUGAUAGCAGACUUUUGGUAUCAGCAUCUGACGAUAAAACACUUAAAAUUUGGGAACUCAGCUCCGGGAAGUGCUUGAAGACCCUAAAAGGUCACAGUAAUUACGUAUUUUGUUGUAAUUUUAAUCCCCAGUCGAACCUUAUCGUAUCUGGAUCCUUUGAUGAGAGUGUCAGGAUUUGGGAUGUAAGAACAGGAAAGUGUCUGAAGACACUACCAGCUCAUUCAGAUCCAGUGAGUGCUGUACAUUUCAACAGAGAUGGCUCUCUAAUUGUGUCAAGCAGUUACGACGGUCUAUGUCGAAUAUGGGAUACUGCAUCUGGGCAGUGUUUAAAGACCUUGAUCGAUGAUGAUAAUCCCCCUGUAUCUUUCGUGAAAUUCUCACCGAAUGGAAAAUACAUUCUUGCAGCAACAUUAGAUAAUACACUCAAGCUUUGGGAUUACAGCAAAGGCAAAUGCCUCAAAACCUAUACGGGGCAUCGUAAUGAAAAAUACUGUAUAUUUGCAAAUUUCUCUGUGACCGGAGGCAAAUGGAUUGUUUCUGGUUCAGAGGACAAUAUGGUGUACAUCUGGAAUUUACAGACAAAAGAAAUUGUACAGAAACUUCAGGGACACACAGACGUUGUUCUCUGUACGACAUGUCAUCCAACGGAUAACAUCAUCGCAUCAGCGGCAUUAGAAAAUGAUAAAACGAUAAAAUUGUGGAAAAGUGACACGUAGAUGUAGGUAGAUUUUUCCCCGGAAGAUAGAAAUAAGGGCUGUCAUUCAUUAUGUACAAAUUGAAAUCACGACCUGCAAGAAAACCUGCAAUAGGCAAAGGGAGCAGGAAUUUUAUUUUCGUAUCGAAAUAAUAUGAAAAAUUCAUUCGCAAUUUCUCUUCAAGAUCAAUAUGAGACAACUAUUUAUAGUAAAAAAAUUGAAUUGUCAUUGUUUUUUUUUCAAGACUAAAAUAAGCUUUCAAAGUUAUACUAUUAUGCUACAGGAAUCACAACCAUUUCCAUUAUAAAUAUAAAUACAUACUGUUUGCCGUAAAUAAAGAUGUUUUCCAUUUGUAA